UGGAAACAUGAAUUCUGGGUAGUUGAUCCUCCCGCAGCCUGGGGCGGGGCGGUCUCAGGCACUUCCGCUCGGGUGGCCAGGUUGCUACAGGCUCUUCUGUCGCUUUGACACUACCAGGCACAGAUCUGCCUCAGCAGGACUCUAUUCCCAGAAUCUGUACAUCUCCAGAAGUAGCAAGAGAAAAUGACCACAUUCAAGGAGGUAGUGACAUUCAAGGACGUGGCUGUGGUCUUCACGGAGGAGGAGCUGGGGCUGCUGGACCCCACCCAGAGGAAGCUGUACCGAGAAGUGAUGCUGGAGAACUUCGGGAACCUGGUCUCUGUGGGGCAUCAACCAUUCAAACGAGAUAUGGUCUACUUGGUAAGGGAAGGAAAGUUUUGGAUGAUGAAGUUAGCAACCCAAGGAAAAGGCAAUUCAGGAGACAAAAUCCAACACAAGAGGGAGACUAUUCCUACAGUGGAACCACAUGAAGAACUUUCCUGCCGGCAAAUCUGGCAGCAUAUUGCAGAUGACUUAACCUGGUGUCACGACUCCAUGAUACAGAGUUCUCAGUUCCACAGACAAUGGGAUUUACCCAGCCACGGUGAGGCAGCACAGUCUGUAACCCACACAGGCCAGAAGACUUCCCUGGGAAAUGAGUGCAAAAAGAUCUUUAGUGAUACCUCCCACUGUGAUCUUCGACACAUAAACUCAGGGGAGAAGUCUCACACAUGUCGCGAGUGUGGGAAAUGCUUCUUUUAUAGCUCAGCGCUUCGUAUUCAUCGGAGAGUUCACCUGGGAGAGAAGCGGUAUAGGUGUGAGGAGUGCGGUAAGGAAUUCAGUCAGAGCUCAUGCCUGCAAACUCAUCAGAAAAUCCACACCGUAGGGAAGCCAUUCAAAUGUGGGGAAUGUGGGAAAGGCUUCAGUCGUAGAUCAGAACUUAGUAAUCAUGGCAGGUUACACUCGGGAGAGAAACUUUAUAAGUGUGAGGGAUGUGGAAAGGCCUUCGUUAAUGCUUGCCAUCUUCAGGACCAUCAGAGAGUCCAUACCGGGGAGAAGCCAUUCAAGUGUGAUAUCUGUGGUAAGAACUUCCGUCGUAGAUCAGCACUUAAUAGUCAUUGUGUGGUCCACACGGGAGAAAAACCAUACAAGUGUGAGGAGUGUGGGAAGUCCUACACUUGGCGUUCGCGUCUUCGUAUCCAUAAGAAGGUCCACAUGGGACAGAAACCAUAUAAAUGUGAAGAAUGUGGAAAGAGCUUCUUUUCUAGGACACAUCUUUAUUAUCAUCGGAGGUUCCACACAGAGGAGAAACCUUAUAAUUGUAAGGAAUGUGGGAAGAGCUUCAGGUGGGUCUCACCUCUUUUGACACAUCAGCGAGUCCACAGUGGAGAAAAACCAUUCAAAUGUGAAGAAUGUGGGAAGGGAUUUGGUCAGAAAUCGUGCCUGCAAGCUCAUCAGAAAGUCCACACCAGAGAAAAGCCAUACAAAUGUGAGGAAUGUGGGAAGGGCUACAAGACGAGCUUGGAUCUUGAUGUGCACCAGAGUGUCCAUUUGGGAGAGAACCCAUACACCUGUAGGACAUGUGGUAAGCACUUCACUAGGACCUCAAAUCUUAAAGUUCAUCAGAGAGUCCACACUGGAGAGAAACCGUACAAAUGUAAUGUGUGUGGUAAGGUCUUCAGUCAAUCUGGACAUUUAAAAUCUCAUCAGAGAGUUCACACAGGGGAGAAACCUUACAAGUGUGAGAUAUGCAGUAAGCAGUUCAGUUCAAGUUCGUAUGUUAAAAUUCAUCACAGAAUCCACGUUGAGGAUAAAUCUCAUUCUGUCUCAUAUUGCACCUCCUCACCUAAUCCCUUUCCAACAACACUCCUGUCACAAUUGGAGGCAUUUCGAAUUCGGAAGUCGUGUCCAUGGAAUAAUUUCGCUGAAGACUCAGGCAGAGGGCUGCCCUGCGCCAGCAAGACCCCGUUUGUGAUUGACCCCAAGAUAGUAAUCCAUUUGACCUUCGCUGCCCACCUGCAGUACCCGCCCGCCUUCACCCCACCUUUUGCUUGUAUAAACCUGGACCAAAGUUCCACGCCCCCCACCAGGCGCCGUUCUGCCUUCCUGGGAUCUGUGCAACUCUGCACACUGCCAGAAGUAGGAGGACCCGUGGCCAUGUUCAAGGAGGCAGUGACGUUCAAGGACGUGGCUGUGGUCUUCACGGAGGAGGAGCUGGGGCUGCUUGACCCCGCCCAGAAGAAGCUGUAUGGAGACGUGAUGCUGGAGAACUUCCGGAACCUGCUGUCUCUGGGAGGAAAGAUCCAAAAUAAAAUGAAGACUGUUUUAGAAACAGAACCACACAAAGAGCUUUCCUGCUGGCAGAUCUGGCAACAGAUUGCAAGUGACUUAACCCAGUGUGAAGGCUCCAUGAUAAAGAGUUCUCAGUUCCCCAAACAAGGUGAUUCACCUGGACAGGUUGGGGCCAGACUAACUGAAACUCACACAGGUCAGAAACCUGAUCAGUGCAGUGAAUUUAAGAAAUAUUUCAGUGAUGUCUCCAACUUUGAUCUUCAUCAACAAGUACACACAGGAGUGAAGUCUCACACAUGUCGUGAGUGUGGAAAAAGCUUCUGUUACAGUUCAGCACUUCAUAUUCAUCAGAGAGUUCACCUGGGAGAGAAACGCUAUAAGUGUGAUGAGUGUGGGAAGGAAUUCAGUCAGAGCUCAUGCCUGCAAACUCAUCAGAAAGUCCACACCGUAGAGAAGCCAUUCAAAUGUGAGCAGUGUGGGAAUGGCUUCUGUCGUAGAUCAGCACUUAAUGUUCAUUAUAAAUUGCACAUGGAAGAGAAACCUUAUCGUUGUGACCAAUGUGGAAGGGCCUUCAUUCAUGCUUCCCAUCUUCAGGAACAUCAGAGAAUCCACACCGGGGAGAAACCCUUCAAAUGUGAUAAAUGCGGUAAGAAUUUUCGUCGUAGAUCAUCACUUAAUAGUCAUUGUAUGGUCCACACGGGAGAAAAACUGUACAAAUGUGAGGAGUGCGGGAAGUGUUUCUUUUGUAGCACAAAUCUUCACAUCCAUCAGAAGGGCCACACGCGAGAGAAACCUUAUAAAUGUGAGGAGUGUGGGAAGGGCUUCAUUCAGCCUUCUCAUUUUCGGGCCCAUCAGAGAAUCCAUACUGGUGAGAAACCAUAUGUAUGCAAAGUGUGUGGUAAAGGCUUCACUAUGAGUUCAAAUCUUCAAGCACAUCAGAGAGUCCACACAGGAGAGAAACCAUACAAAUGCAACGAGUGUGGAAAGAACUUCGGGACGAAAACCCGUUACCAGGUUCAUCUGGUGGUACACACGGGAGAGAGACCCUAUAAAUGUGAAGUAUGUGGGAAGGACUUCAGUCAGAGAGCAUAUCUUCAGUCCCAUCUGAAGACGCACAGUGUAGAGAAACCUUACAAGUGUGAGGAAUGCGGGCAGGGCUUCAAUCAGAGUUCCCGACUUCAGAUUCACCAGCUGACCCACACCGGAGAGAAGCCACACAAAUGUGAAGAGUGUGGGAAGGGAUUCAAUCGUAGAGCAGAUCUCAAAAUUCACUGCAGAAUCCACACUGGAGAGAAACCAUUUAAUUGUGAGGAGUGUGGGAAGGUAUUCAGGCAGGCCGCAAAUCUUCUGGCGCAUCAGAGAAUCCACAGCGGAGAGAAACCUUUCAAGUGUGCAGAGUGCGGGAAGAGCUUUGGUCGCAGUUCACACCUGCAAGCCCAUCAAAAAGUGCACACUGGAGAAAAGCCAUACAAGUGUGAGGAGUGUGGGAAGGGCUUCAAGUGGAGCUUGAAUCUGGACAUGCAUCAGAGGGUCCACACGGGAGAGAAACCCUACAAGUGUGGGGAGUGUGGUAAGCACUUCAGUCAGGCCUCAAGUCUUAAGGUUCAUCAGAGUGUUCACAGUGAGGAGAAACCGUACAAAUGUGAUGUGUGCGGCAAGGUCUUCCGCCACUCUUCACAGCUACAGUCUCAUCAGAGAGUUCACACAGGGGAGACCCCUUACAAGUGUGAGACCUGUGGUCAGAGCUUCCGUUGGCGAUCCAAACUUUCACAUCAUCGCAAAACUCAUGGUGGCAGUACGGUUUAUGAAGGUAACAAGAGUGGUAAGAACAUGAAGGAAUUGUGUGUGGAAAGAAGUUCUCCAAAAUGACGUUGUGUGAAACCCUGAAUUCUUACCAUCAUCGAGUCUCAUAAGAGAGAAAAUACUUGUUUGGUUUAGUUGGUAUUGAAGCAAUAAUUGAACCUAUCUCGGUUUUCACCAGAUCACACAGUGGAGAACCCUUAAGUGGUGUGAUAUGUCUUUGUUCAGAAGCACUUAGAUAGCACUUAGGAAUAGAGUUUGGUCUGGCCUUUAACACAAGUAUAAUGGUGUGCAUGCCAGAAUUCAUAUGCACUAGAAUGUAAGCUGCAUGAGGACAGGGACUUUGCUGCUAAAUAUACAUAGCCCUCAAAGCUGGAGGCAUCAUAAUUCUGGACUUCAAGUUAUAUUACAAAACUGUAACAAACAAAAUAGUAUUGUACUGGCACAAAAAUAGACACAUAGGUCAC